ACAGGGAGCCGGUGAACCAUUUGCAUUGCGUGUCAGGAAGCAUCAAAGUUUGCAGCUACCGUUCUAAGACUCUCAGCUGAGCCCCAGCAGCAUGGCUGCCCCAGCGAGUGAGGAGAGCUGCAGCAGUAAGCUCAGAUCGGUGUCUGUGGAUCUGAACAGUGAUCCUGCUCUGCAGAUUGAUAUUCCAGAUGCACUCAGCGAGAGAGACAAAGUCAAGUUUACUGUGCAUACAAAGACCAAACUUCCCAAUUUUAAGAACCCUGAAUUCGAUGUAGCCCGCUUCCAUGAAGAUUUUAUCUGGCUACAUGACUCGCUCAUUGAGACUGAAGACUAUGCAGGAUUGAUUAUUCCACCGGCCCCAGCAAAACCUGAUUUUGAUGCCCCCCGAGAAAAAAUGCAGAAGUUGGGAGAGGGUGAAGGUUCCAUGACGAAGGAUGAAUUUGCCAAAAUGAAACAGGAACUGGAAGCUGAAUAUUUGGCAGUGUUUAAGAAGACGGUGGCAGUGCAUGAAGUGUUCCUGCAGAGGAUAGCAUCACACCCUGUUUUAUGCAAGGACACCAACUUCCACAUAUUCCUAGAAUAUGACCAAGAUUUAAGUGUAAGGAGGAAGAAUACAAAAGAGAUGUUUGGGGUGUUCUUUAAGAGCAUGGUAAAAAGUGCAGAUGAGAUGUUAUUUUCUGGAGUAAAGGAAGUUGAUGAGUUCUUUGAGCAAGAAAAAACCUUCCUGGUAAACUACUACAACAGGAUCAAGGACUCGUGUGCAAAAGCUGACAGAAUGACAAGAACUCAAAAAACUGUCGCAGAUGAUUAUAUUCAUAUUUCGGCUGCACUGACGUGUGUAGCCGAGGAGGAGAGCACUCCAGUUAGAAAAUACUUACUAAAAUUGGCCGAGUUGUUUGAAAAACUUCGGAAAGUGGAAGCCAGAGUUGCCUCAGAUCAGGAUCUGAAACUUUCAGAGCUUUUAAGAUACUACAUGCUUAACAUUGAAGCAGCUAAGGACCUCUUACACAGACGGACAAAAAGCCUGGCUGAUUAUGAGAAUUCCAAUAAAGCCCUCGACAAAGCAAGGCUGAAAAGCAAAGAUGUGAAACAAGCCGAACAGCAUCAACAGGAGAGUUGCCAGAAGUUUGAAAAGCUCUCUGAGUCUGCAAAGCAAGAGUUGGUUGGCUUCAAGCGAAGGAGAGUAGCUGCUUUUCGCAAAAACCUAGUUGAAAUGACAGAACUAGAAAUUAAACAUGCAAAGAACAACAUCUCCCUCUUACAAAGCUGCAUAGACCUGUUUAAGAACAGUUAAAGUGCUGCACCUUGUGAUCCAUACGCACCAGUCGCAACUUCAGAUGUCCAUCAUCCAGACCAGACCAGGGGCAUCUCUACAUCUCAUCUCUAGAAAUUCUUUUCAUUGGAAGAAACAAUGUGACAGUUUCAACAUAUUUUAAGUCUCUUAAAAUGAAAAUGAUGGCAGCCUGGCGAGCAGUACUGUCGCUAUUCCUUCGUGUAACUCCCAGCAUGCUCAGCCAGUGGCCGAAUGUUGCAGAGUCGCGGGGUAUAACUAGGCCACAACUGGAAUGAGGCUGCUUAUCAAGUCCUGUGCUAUGGAAAUAAUGUUUUGUUUAUUAAGUCUGAUAUAUUGUGGGCAGUUAUUUUAACUCUUAAGGGCUACAUUAGAUGUCUUCCUACACAGAGAUGUUCAAUAUAUAAGCAGUUUUUCAGUGGAAGCUUUUUUUCACCUAAAUAAAUUUGCUUCUAUGUUAAAA